AUGACAGCAGAACCAAUCCCCAAAACCCAGACAGUCGCCCUUGUCCGUCAACUGGGUGGACCGGUCGAGUUCCAACAUGACUACCCCGUUCCGACUCCGGGACCAAACGAGGUUCUAGCCAAGGUGCUCUACACAGGUGUUUGUCAGAGUGACCUCCACACCAAAAGCGGCACCGCCGCCGGUGCAGACGGCAAACCCAUCACAAAGAUCAAACUGCCUCAUAUUGGGGGACAUGAAGGCGUUGGCCGCAUCAUCGCUCUGGGCCCCGGCUGCAGCGAUGAUCUCCGUAUCGGAGGCUUGGUCGGGAUUCGCUUCUCGAGCCGGAUCUGUCGCCGGUGCGAGUUCUGCCUCGCGGGCGUGGAGCAGUACUGCAUCAAGAGCACCAACCACUUGCAUCACGAGGAUGGUAGUUUCCAGGAGUAUAUCGCGCUGGACGCAGACUAUCUGACCAUCUUGCCGGAUGAUGUCGAUCCGAAGUUAAUUGGGCCGGUGUUAUGUGCGGGGGUGACAGCGUACAAGGCCGUUUUGAAUGCCAAUGUCAAGGUUGGGCAGUGGCUCGUCGUGGUGGGUGCCGGAGGUGGACUGGGACAUCUGGCAGUACAAUACGCCCGAGCACACGGAGCAUCUGUGAUCGGCGUCGACAAAGGAGACGACAAACGCGCAUUCGUCCUGUCCCUAGGCGCGGCCGAAUUCAUCGACUUCACCAAGACCCCCGACGUCAUCCAAGAAGUCCAGCGCAUCACUAACGGAGGUGCUCACGCGGUCGUCGUCACUGCCGGCAACGCAAAAGCCUUCGCCCAUGCGGCGGAGAUGCUGCGAGUCGGCGGCACGCUCAGCUGCGUCGGCAUUCCUCCCGGACGGCCGUUCCUCGAGACGCCCAUCUCGACGAUCGUGAUCAGGGGACUCAAAAUCACCGGCAACCUGGUUGGUUCGCUCAAGGAGUGUCUUGAAGCGGUCGAGUUGACCAGACGGGGCAUCGUAACGCCAAAUGUCAGCGUGCGGCCAUUCAAGGAGCUGCCGCAAGUGUACGAAGAACUCGAGAAGGGAGAUAUUUCUGGACGAAUCGUUCUGCAGGUGGCCAACUAG